GCCAGUGACAAACAGUGGCAGUUGGGUCUUUUGUCGACUGUGAGACGGAUUAUGUGGGAAUCUGCUGAAUCAUCCAUGUGAAUAAAUUUGGUGUUUUGGGGUCAGCACUGAGGCCAGCUCUCACUGUUAAGCACCCAGAGAAAAGGAAAGAUGACGUUCAAAGUACCUUUUGUGACUUUUUUUACCCUCUGGUGGAUCCAUUUCCUGGUCAUCAAUGUGCAGCUGCUCAGAGCAGGUCGAUCUGAAGGCCCAUGUCAAGGCAGAGACUGCUCUCGGUGUCUGUGUUUUCCUGCCAAAGGUGCACGGGGACCUCCAGGCAAGCCCGGAAAGCAAGGUCUCCGAGGUCCCGUUGGACCGGCAGGACGAGAAGGGCCAUCUGGAGAGAAAGGAAGGAUCGGAGCAGUAGGACCACAUGGCCCAGAAGGGCCAAAAGGAGACCCUGGUUUGACUGGCAUUCCUGGUUUCACGGGUCAUGAUGGAUUUCCGGGUCAUCCUGGGGCAGGGGGUGAGCCGGGUUUACCCGGACUGGAUGGCUGUAAUGGAACCAGAGGCCAACCAGGACAGGCUGGUUUGCCUGGACUGGAUGGCCUCCUUGGGCCACCGGGAUUAAGUGGUGCUAAAGGAAGUAAAGGAGAGCCUCAUGCAGCUGCCCUUCCAGGUCUUCCUGGUGAACGGGGUAGAGAUGGAACCAAAGGACUAUCAGGCAGUCCAGGUAGCAUUGGAUCUAAAGGUGUCCGUGGCCCUCCCGGACUUCGUGGGCCUCAGGGUUCUGAGGGUCCUAAAGGCCUGAAAGGACCACCAGGUGACCCCGGAGGAUCGCCUGCUGGUCCCAAAGGUGACAUUGGUGAACAGGGGCCACCUGGCCCACCAGCACAGGCAGAAAGAGAAGGAAUCCCUCCAGAAUAUCUUCCCACUAAGGGUGAGAAGGGGCCUCUAGGCCUUCCAGGACCAUGUGGACCAAAAGGACAACGUGGUGCCAAAUACAGCCCCACUUCAACCGGAUCUAAAGGAGAGAAAGGAAUCCCUGGAUUUCCAGGGGACAGGGGUUUACCUGGACUGCCUGGAACUCAUGGAUCAACAGGAGCAGAGGGACCCCCAGGAGACAAGGGAUUUCGAGGCUCCACUGGAAGUAUUGGAGAAAAGGGUUGGCCAGGUGAUCCAGGUCUCCCCGGUCCACAGGUUUACGACAAAGGUGCUGUGAGAGGCGCUAAAGGAGACCGGGGACAUCCAGGUGCCCCUGGGCCCCAUGGGGAGCCCGGGUUUAUGGGCAUGCCUGGGCCUCCAGGCCCACCAGGGUUGCCAGAGGCACAUGGUCCCCCUGGUCAUCCAGGUGCCCAUGGUGAAAAGGGCCAAAAGGGGGAACCUGGGAUGUUUGAUCCAAAUGAAAUAAUUUUAAUUCUGGGAUCAAAGGGUGCAAAAGGACUCCAAGGAGGAAAAGGUGCCAAAGGCCACCCUGGUCCACAAGGAUGUCUAAAUUAUUACUGCGAGCCUGGCUCUCCUGGGGAACCUGGUGAGAAAGGAUCCAAAGGAUUGUCUGGAAACAAAGGCUUAAAAGGAGUCAGAGGUUGUCCAGGAAAAUGUCAAUGUACCCAGGACUGGAGGAUUGUGGCAACACCUGGUUCACCUGGUCAUCCAGGACUUCCAGGACUUCCAGGACUUCCAGGACUUCCAGGACCUCAGGGGGACCCAGGAUUGAGAGGAAAUAAAGGCUCAAGGGGGCUAGAUGGCCCGCAAGGUAGCCAUGGUCAAAAAGGAAGAAAGGGUGAAAAAGGUGACUCAGUUAUGGGAGAUAUUAAAGGUCCUAAGGGGGACAAAGGAGAACCGGGAUAUGCUGGUCCUCCAGGAAGAACAGGUGGGCCUGGACAAGAUGGCCUUCCUGGUCCUGUGGGAGAACCUGGUUCAUUACAGGAUUGUGGCUGCCCAGGACUUCCCGGUCCCAAAGGUUAUCAGGGGUCUCCUGGACCCAAAGGAUUCCCUGGUCCUAUUGGUCCCCCAGGCCCAGGGUUUUCUGGCCUAAAGGGGGCACCUGGAGUUCAAGGAAACCAGGGACUUCCAGGGGUUCCUGGAGUCCCCGGACGGCCAGGUUCUCCAGGUGAAGCAGAGCUAUGUGUUCCUAAAGGUUACAUUGGCCCACUGGGGUCUAAGGGUGAGCCAGGUUUACCAGGUACUCCAGGUCAACCGGGAAGAGAUGGCUUUCCAGGAGUUCUAGGACAACAAGGACCUAAAGGCACGAAGGGAGAUGAUGCAAGAACUGUUACUGGACCACCAGAGUGUGCCCCGCCUCUUGUCCAAUGA